AUGGCAUUUCAGCCUACUCCGACGGAUGUCUCCGUCAUCAUCACCAAUGCUGCAUCAGGCAAAGCCAAUGAUGCAGAGCCCAAGUUCUUGACCGAACGCCGCAUCACCCCUACCUGGACCGUGAUGCAGGUCAAGACAAAGCUGGAGACCAUGACUGGUAUCCCACCAGGAAGCCAGCGCCUGCGGGUCAAAACACCCGGCCGACCUGAUCAAUGGGCUGAUGGGGAUGACCGCCUGAUUGGAGACUGGGGACUGGUGAAGGGAUCAGAGUUCGAGAUCCAUGAUAGUCGUCCGCAAACCAUGCGGGCCAAUUUCACCGACCUGUCAUCCGUCGAUAAAUACGUACUGCCAACUGAAACAUACGAGGCCCGCUCAGACUCCGUAUUGGCCUGGAAGAAAAACAAGAAGCUAGGCCGAUUUGAUCCUAACGCUCUAUCACCCGAAGAAGCUCUGCGUCAUCAAGCAGAGAAGGAUCAAGCCGAGGUCAACACACGAGGAAUUGCCGUUGCUAACCGGGCAAUUGUGCUGCCUUCAACUCCGCCGCAUAUCCGACGGGGCACUAUUCGCUUCGUUGGGCCUGUUCCCACUAUCCCCAUUACCGGCCCGGGUCGCGAGCUGCAACAAAGUGGGGAGCUUCCGGCGAAUCUCCAGCCUAUCUGGGUUGGGAUUGAGCUUGACGAGCCGAUGGGGAAGAACGAUGGUAGUGUGGGUGGGCAACGCUAUUUCGAGUGUCUAGGCAACCGGGGCGUUUUUGUCAAACCUGAAAAGGUCGAAGUGGGAGAGUUUCCCCCGUUAGGUCUUGACGAUGAACUGGAUGAGCUUAUGGAAGAGAUAUGA